GGACGGGGCGGGGCGAGCUCGCAGUGCGCUUGCGCACAGCCUGCUCUCGCCCGAGGAGCCGCAGUCUCGAGAGCGCCAAGGCGGUAUUUCGGUAAUCUCUGACAAACCUCUCCUGCGAACCCGGCGCCGUUGGACUGCGCCCAGGGCGGGGACGUCAGCGGGGCACAGGAGGGAGCCACGAUGCCGAUCAAUAAAUCAGAGAAGCCUGAAAGCUGUGAUAAUGUGAAGGUGGUUGUUAGGUGCCGGCCCCUCAACGAGAGAGAGAAAUCAAUGUGCUAUAAACAAGCUGUCAGUGUGGAUGAGAUGAGGGGAACUAUUACUGUACAUAAGACUGAUUCUUCCAAUGAACCUCCAAAGACAUUUACUUUUGAUACUGUGUUUGGACCAGAGAGUAAACAACUUGAUGUUUAUAACUUAACUGCAAGACCUAUUAUUGAUUCUGUUCUUGAAGGCUACAAUGGGACUAUUUUUGCAUAUGGACAAACUGGAACAGGCAAAACUUUUACCAUGGAAGGCGUUCGAGCUGUUCCUGAACUUAGAGGAAUCAUUCCAAAUUCAUUUGCUCACAUAUUUGGUCAUAUUGCAAAAGCAGAGGGAGAUACAAGAUUUUUAGUUCGAGUGUCUUACUUGGAAAUAUAUAAUGAAGAAGUUCGUGACCUUUUGGGCAAGGAUCAGACACAGAGGUUAGAGGUUAAAGAAAGACCUGAUGUGGGAGUUUAUAUCAAAGAUUUAUCAGCUUAUGUGGUAAAUAAUGCUGACGAUAUGGAUAGAAUUAUGACUCUAGGCCACAAAAAUCGUUCUGUUGGUGCAACUAAUAUGAAUGAACACAGUUCCCGUUCCCAUGCCAUCUUUACAAUUACUAUAGAAUGCAGUGAAAAAGGCGUUGAUGGUAACAUGCAUGUCAGAAUGGGGAAGCUCCAUCUUGUAGACCUUGCUGGUUCAGAAAGACAAGCAAAAACUGGAGCUACUGGACAGCGCCUGAAGGAAGCCACAAAAAUCAAUCUUUCUCUUUCCACCCUUGGUAAUGUAAUUUCUGCCUUGGUUGAUGGAAAAAGCACUCAUGUUCCUUAUCGCAACUCUAAAUUGACUCGUCUUCUUCAAGAUUCCUUAGGAGGAAAUUCAAAAACCAUGAUGUGUGCAAAUAUUGGGCCAGCAGAUUACAAUUAUGAUGAAACUAUUAGUACAUUACGGUAUGCUAACCGUGCUAAGAAUAUUAAAAAUAAAGCUAGAAUCAAUGAAGAUCCAAAGGAUGCUUUGCUUCGUCAGUUUCAGAAAGAAAUAGAAGAACUGAAAAAAAAGCUUGAAGAAGGGGAAGAAAUAUCAGGCUCUGAUAUCAGUGGGUCAGAGGAAGAGGAUGAUGAAGAGGGUGAGGUUGGAGAAGAUGGAGAGAAGAGGAAAAAAAGAAGGGGCAGUAGCAGCAGCAGUAGUUCAGACUCCACAUGUUCUGUCAUAGAGAAACCUCUGGAUAAGUCCUUGCCUAAUCAAGCAGGUAAAAAGAAAGUGUCCCCAGAUAAGAUGGUUGAAAUGCAAGCAAAAAUUGAUGAGGAGAGAAAAGCACUUGAAACAAAGCUUGACAUGGAAGAAGAAGAAAGAAACAAGGCUAGAGCUGAAUUAGAGAAACGGGAAAAAGAUCUACUUAAGGCUCAACAAGAACAUCAAUCUUUGCUAGAGAAAUUAUCUGCUCUGGAGAAGAAGGUAAUUGUUGGUGGUGUUGAUUUGUUGGCAAAAGCUGAGGAACAAGAGAAACUUCUUGAAGAAUCUAACAUGGAGCUGGAAGAACGGAGGAAAAGAGCAGAGCAACUUCGCAGAGAACUUGAGGAAAAAGAGCAAGAACGCUUGGAUAUUGAAGAAAAAUACACCAGCUUGCAAGAGGAAGCACAGGGAAAAACCAAGAAACUAAAAAAAGUGUGGACUAUGCUGAUGGCUGCCAAAUCAGAGAUGGCUGAUCUCCAACAGGAGCAUCAGAGGGAAAUUGAAGGUCUCCUGGAGAAUAUUCGACAACUUAGCCGGGAGCUUCGACUUCAGAUGCUUAUUAUUGAUAACUUUAUACCUCAAGAUUAUCAGGAAAUGAUUGAAAACUACGUCCACUGGAAUGAAGACAUAGGAGAAUGGCAGCUGAAAUGUGUUGCCUAUACAGGAAAUAACAUGAGGAAGCAGACUCCAGCUCCUGAUAAAAAAGAGAAAGAUCCCUUUGAAGUGGACCUUUCCCACGUGUAUCUUGCCUAUACUGAGGAGAGCCUCCGGCAGUCCCUGAUGAAGUUAGAGAGGCCACGGACGUCAAAGGGGAAAGCAAGGCCAAAGACGGGGCGAAGAAUUUCUCCACAUAUUUAGAACGCCCUAAGAGCUCCACAAAAUCCUCAUCGUGAGUGAUUACCAGAAGCUGGAAGUUACGCUGCUGCGAGCGACUCUUUAUUAUCCUGAAACAAUAUAUUGAGAACCUUUUAUUACUGAAGAGCAUAAAUAAUCCUCUCCUUUAUAUGAAAAAGACACUGAGAACCUUGUCAGACACAGGACAACCCUGGAGGAAACUGGAGAGGGGGAGCUGGACCCAGACCUUCAGCCCAGCCAGGUAGGAGUCCCAUGUCCGAUCCAGACAGUGAGGGUGAUGGAGUGACUCUUCCUCUAGGUCUGACUCAGGGACUGAUGAGAAUACAUGAUCUAGUUUCUUCCAGAACAAAAAGUUGUUCUUAUUAAAACAGGCAGAAAUGUUUUACUAAAUUUUCCUUAAUAUCUGAGCUGUUCAACUUUAGGAGUCUUACUUAUUCCUUUGUCUGGGGUUUUCCUGACCUGUUACUAAUUAUCUCUGGAAGAAAAAAAAAAAAAAAAACAAAACCAACUACAGGCAAGGGAAAUUACAUAUGCAAGCCCAGCUGCCUUCUUAGGAGCUGGGUCUACUUAGAAUUCUGCCACCACCAGUCACUAGAUGCAUCAUUAGUAUGACACACAAGAGGCCUGAGUGGGUGUACUGGGAACAUUUUUGCUCAUUAUAUGCUGAGGUAACUAGCUAUGAGACUGAAAUCAGACUUUUUAACUAACCAUUUGUUUAUCGCUUACCCGUGGCUGAAUGCACUGAGCUUUGAAAAGUAUUAGCCCUUAUGUGCUGGUCAUGCAGGACGACUGAGAGGUGGCUGAGAAAGGUGCCCCAUUCCUGCUAGUGUCUCUGCCAGAAAGAAUCUAUCUUGAGCCAGAGUACCCAAAAUAGCUUCUCUAGUUUGGGAAAAGUGGGUUUCCUCUGCCAGCACAGGAGGGGCUGCCCAUUCCUGGGGUCUGCACCUGGCAAAAGCUGUGUGCAAUUUUACUUUCUAGAUUCUACAUAACCACUAUAAUACUUUUUGAAUAGGAGCUGUCAUUCCUCAUAAAACUGGGGAGAUGGGCCAAAAUCCACUAUUAGCACCUAGAAAUGUUUUAAGCAGGGCAUGCUAACUCCUCUACAUGACCUGUGGGCACCUCUGGUGGGUUUACAGAGAAAGCAAACCAAGCCAGGAAACCCUUCAGCACACCUGGGGAGAUUGCAGGAUGUGUCUGGGGCUGCUGUUCACCACCUAGUUCUUUUUAAGCAUCUGAAGAAUUACUAUCAAAGGUAAAGCCUAACGUCUGACACCAACUAGCUUUCCCAAGGAAGACACAUGCAGAGAAGGUUUUCACCACAGAACUCUACGUUACUUUAUAAGUGUAAUAUAUAUUACUAUCAUAGCCUGCCCCCAAAUUUGAGAUACUUACUCAACGAGAGCAUGUGCAAGAGAUUCAAUAUUUUCUCUGUCAAGAUUUGUUGUUGGCUCAUCCAGGGCAAGGAUGCCACAGUUCAAGCAGAAUGUUUCAGCCAGGGCCAGACGAAUGAUGAGUGAGGCUAAUACCUGGAAGAAAGCACCAGAGCUGAGCUGUACCACACAGACCUCUUUCUCAUUCACGUUAGGAAAGCAUGCACACCUGGCCUAAUGUCUUUAUAAGGGAAGGGAGCAAUGUCAUCGGGUCAGUGACUUUAGGUGAAUUGUUGCUCUUUUACUUGGGAGAGCCUGGCCCUGUGACCAGACUCUUAAACCCUUCCAGAAAGUGAACCAUCAGGUAUGUUGUAUCUCAGCCUGUCAUCUGCAUUGCUGUUUAUCUGUAACUAAUCAUUUUAGUUAACUGUAUAAGAUUAACAACCUCUCACCCACUCUUUUUCUGAGUUACUUUUAAAUCUCUAUGUUCUGGGGUCCCAGAGGGGCAUCAGGUAUUGUGUUCUAACCUACACUUAAAUGUCUGUGUUUAUAAUUCUGAGGGAACAAAGACAGAAAGAAUAUUCCCGGGUCAGUGUAUCAGGAGUACAGAAGUACGGUUUUAUUUAAGCUAAACUAUAGGACAUCCAAGGAACUGAAACUCUGAGGCACUUUCUCAGUUAGUAGAAACCUAAUACUAAAACCCUCAGCCCCAGCUGAAGCCAUCUGAGGGCACAAAGGACACAGAAUUAAGAAUAACAGAGUAUCCACUACUUUUGCAUGAGCUGUCCAUAUCCCCUCCCCUUGAAUCUAUGAAUAAAGGAGCAUCAGUGAGUGAGUUGUGAUUUCAGAGCAUUUUACAGCUUCUCUUUGAUGUCCAGGGAAGGCUAGAAGACUGCAGAAGCCAGGAUCAUAGCUUGGCCCUUUGGGGAAGACACUUCCUUCCUGUAUUUGAACGCUAGUACAGCCCCCACCUGCAACCCUACAUAUUAAGAGUCUAAAUGAUGUUCCUGGCCAACCUUUACCAAAGUUUUUGUCUUCUCCCCCAACCCAACACCAAGGAAGCAAUUACUGCUAAUUUUUAUAAUUUAGAGUAUCUCUAGGAAAUCUACUUUGUUUAGAAAAUAAUUUUCAAAGCAUUUUCAAUACAAAGGGACAUGUUACAAACUCUGUAUUUUCUUAUUCAUAAUAACCACUGAAAACCACCAAAGCAAGUAGGAAUACUGGUUAUAGAUCACAAAGUUGUCAUUUUUGCAGACUAUGAUUAAGAUAAUAAUCUGCAUAUGCCUUAAAUUGGUAUCAGCUGGGCUGACAAAAAAUACAUAUACACAGGAUUGUCUUCAAGCAAAAAUAGAAAACUAUUUAUGAAAAUAUAUAAUGCGAGCACCCUUUUCUAGAAUUUUAAGAUUUUUUAAAGAAUAUCAGGGGUCUGGAAUUUUUAUCCCAUAUAAUCUGCUUCUAAUCUAAAAAGAGUAAGCAAGCUCAAGCAUCCAUGACAUCUUGGUUAUAAACCUAUGUGCAGUGAAAGGACCCAGCCUUGUUCCCCAAGGAUGAAGGUCCAAUUUUCCUGAUUCCUUAAAGCUUUAUUCCUCUGAUUUGCUCUGUGCUCCCUAUCCAACAACACAGGCUGUCCUCUCAGAGCCUCAUCUAGAGCCAGAUGGCCUGACCCAGCAGCUGAGUCUAGGCAGUGCGGGGAGAAGGGAUGCAGGGGCAGCUCUGGGUGUCAAGGCCUCUGGUCUAACAGAUGCUUCUCUUAACAUUGUUCUAAAGUAAUCUCUACAUCCAACAUGGGGCUCAAACCCCAAGAUCAAAAGUCAGAUGCUUUUCUGACUGAGCCAGCCAGGUGCUCCUGGCAAGAACCCUUCUUUUAGAGGGUCUGCAGGUCCAAAGGCUAGGUGGGAGCAGGGACGCAGUCCUGUGAUGGGGCUGCUUUUCAAUGAGACUUAGUUAUUUUAAUGCCUCAUGUGGCUCAACCUGGGAUGUGGUUUGGUGAACGCCCCUCCUCCACUUCUGACUGCUCUGAAAUCAGGAUGCAUUCUUGCAGUUAAAACUGCAUUCUUUCUUUCUUGGUGGCACAUAAAACAGAGAUAUGUCUUACAAUUGAUAACACAAGUAACUUUAUUCUCAUAAGGAGAGUUAUGAAGCAAUGAAUGGUUCUCCGUUAGGCUGAUCACGUGAGGACUUCUCAGACCCUUCUCCUGAAAGAUUAUCUAAUGUUGCAGGAAAUGCUGGUUAAAACUGGAAGAGGGUAACGGGUAGCUGAGUCUGGCUAACUUUAUGUGGCAACAAGGAGUGCUGUGAGGGUCUUCUCACCAUAUUCCCCAGCAGCUCUGGGUGCUUUCACUGCACAGACACUAGUUUCUGUCAGUUAUCUGUGGGCUUCCUAGGGGCUUGAGAUACCUGCCUUCUGUCCAGCACUGCAUCGUCCUCGCAUAUCCAAGGCUGUGUCUCCCUUCAGCAUCACCACUCGGUAGUUAUAAUUCCGCCUUUUAUCAGAGGCUGAUACAUUUUCAUCGGCAUCAGACCGAAUUUCUAUGUAUUCAAUAUCUGACACAAAAAGAAGAUUUCAGAGCAACCUAUACUCUGUAGCCUUUGUCAUCUGCAAAUAUCAAGUAAGCCUAAGAAGCAACGUGACAUUACCAUUAAAAGUGGCUGAGAGGGUUCAUGAGGAAGAAGCAACCCAGAUGUCUCAACCCUCAGUCUCUGCUCUGCCUUGCUUAGUUCCCCUAUUAAAAGAAUUUCCUCCUGCUGCUUUUCUUCUUAUCACAUUUCAGCUUAUCCCUAUCUACACUUCAACAGAAUCUAUUAGGUCAUCAGUUAAAUAUAAUAUGUACCAUAGCCAAAUAUGUAAGUCUCCUCAGGGUUUGGAAUAGAAAACUUUGCAUUUUCUUUCCUUGUUACAAGAUAUUGUCAAGAUAAGAAUUCUUAGAAAAUCUCUUAAGAGAUGUUCACAAAGGGGUCCAGGAGGUAAUACUGGCAUGAUGAGAGAUAAUAUGGGCAAAAAGCCAGGGAUGGGGCUUUGGAAAAGAUCCGUGAUAAACCAUGUAAAUUACCUUGUCCACGAUAGGUACUUCGCCAAAGGUCACGAAUAAUUUUGUUGAUUUCUUCCAUUUUCAUACUGUGAAAUUUCAUGAUUGCUCUAGAAAAAGAAGCCACUGAUACUUAAAAGGAAAAAUAGUAUAAUGAUAACACUAAUUACAUGUAAUAGUAUAUAUUAAAAGUAUAUGAAUACAUAAUGUAUAUACCAUAAGUAUCGUAAUAAUCUCCUGAAAUAACGAAUUACUUCCAAUGAUAAAAGGAGAAUACAGUAAGAGCAAGAAAAAAUAAACAGAACAAAAACACUGCUGCUUAGUUACAAAUGAAUACAGCCAGGGAUGUGCCCAGUGCUCCAGAGUCCUUACCUUUUUCCAUUUUCACUCUCUCUGACAGGACAAAUACUCUCAAAUAUUGACAUUCUGUGAAAAUUUCAGAAAUUUUGGUAGACUUUUUCUUGGGCUUACUGGAAGGAUUAUAGCCACUGUAGCCUACCAGUUACAGGAAGACCUGCUGAUUAAAUGGAUGGCAGGGAGUUAAAGACAGCAGGCGAGUUGUACAGGGGUCCCCUAGUCUUUGGGGACAUAUACGCAAGUCUGGAACUGCUGCCGUUUUUCUCUUCUGUUACUCUUCAGGUUUUGCAGAAAGUGAGCCUCUUAAGGUGCUUUAAUGCCUCAGAUCUGUGAGAAUUUUACCAACCAGAAAGCAUGGUUCAGAGAGAGCGACUUAGAGGCUUAAACUGAGGUGAACCUCAAAACUUUUAUUUUCCCUUCCUAGUUGAGGAUUAAGAAAUUCUAACUCCAAAUAUGUGCAUUCAUUUCCAUUUGGCCUGUCAGGCUCCCCACCCCCACCCCACAACAC